AUGUGGAGCAAUUUAGAUAAUUUAUUUUUCGAUUCCGAAGAACUGAUUGAAGUAUUGAAAACAGGUGAUGCACUAUUAGAUCAAGCACGAAACACAACUAUGUUUCUUAUUCGAACAAUGACUAAUUCCACUGAUUAUAUUCGUUUUUUUCUUAAAAAUGCCAACAAAUACGUGAUCGAUCUCACUGAUCUAUAUGAAAAAGUAGGCACAAUAGAAUGUGAUUAUUUACCAUCGAAACGACCGAGAAUAGGCAUAUUAGGUGGUUUUUCGGGUUUAAUUGCGAUAGCAGGAGCAUUCUUCACUGGAUGGAUCGUCAUGCUUAUUGCUAACAUAACUUUCGUUGGUGGAUAUGGUAUUGGAACGAUUUGUCAAACAUUAUUUCUCGACUCUAAGAUGCAUUUUAUUCGGGAAAUACCUGAACUAAAAAUAGACCUUAUAAAUCCAAUCGAUCAGAAGUAUUUCAUCGUAAAUUUGGGUGAUGCCCUGAUGAAAUGCAAAAACAACAAAACCAUUUUAUCAGCGUUAAAAUUUGAUGACUUACUUGAUGUUGAUGAACUUGCAAAGAUAGCUGAUAUUGAUCAAAUUAGAGAAAGGGCAAUAAAUACACUGAGCGAUAUCGAUCUCGAAAAUUAUUUUCCAGAAAAUUUGCUGAAGGAUUUCAAUGAAAGUUUAAUUAAACUGAAUUCGACAAACAAUUUAGUACAUAAUUAUGCAAUUCCAAGACAUAUUGUGGAUGUUGAACCACAAUUAAAUGUAUCUUUCGAACAAAUGAAAAAUAACCUGUCAAUUUUGGUAAAAGCUGUAACUAACGCUUAUUACAACAGCAGCAUGAUGAUUGAAAAUUAUUUGUAUUCGGGAGCAUUCAUCGAUGACAUUAUUCAUAUAUUUACACAACUUUUUUAUCAAACAGUUGAUGAUCUGAAAGAUUAUACUAGCUCUAGCAAGGAUUACUUGUUAAAAAAUUCAUAUGGCUGUUAUCCAGUAUAUGUUAUUUGGCAUAACACAGGUUUACUUCUAUGCGAACAAAUCAGUCGACCAAUUCAAGGUCUUUGGGCUUCAUCAGCACUCAUAGCUGUGGUUUUUGUUCCGUUGAUCGUGUUCACAACUCUGAUAACCAAAUAUUUUUUUAGAACCAAACGCAAAUAUCGCCACGAAAAAGUAAGAUUUGCUUCUGAAAUUGUCAUCCCGAAUUCAUACAAGUAUUGCUUUUAA